AGCAAGAGACGACCGCAAUCCCGCGCUCUCGCAACACAACAAGAUCGUACCGUCUUGCUCACACUCCAUUCGCACUCUGUGCAUUGACGUAGCAUGUGGAACGGGCUGGAAGCGCGCAUGCGAUUGGCUGCCAGGUACAGAAAUGUCUGCCAGGGGCCAGCCGAUUGGUCCAACAAUGGCCGGGGCAACGCCCCCCAGUCGAGUGCAAAGUAAACAUGGGCAAUAAUCUUACCCGUCAGUCUGAGGCCGUGGUUCGUUGGGUAAAGUUGUGUUUCGUUUUGUGCUCCGGAGACCGAGUGUUCCUGACCCGUAGUGACUACUUCUAUCUACCUAUGCUGAAGGUUGGUGCCGCACAGCUCAAGGCAUUGAGCGCACCAGGCGACUGUACCACGGACGGAUUAAGACAGUGAAAGCUUAUUUAUUGCCCAAUUGUUACGUUUAAUAAUUUGAUUGACAAUAAAGUGUACUUGCGGGAGUUGCACAGGCCAAGGUGUCGCUGGGAGAUUACAAGCCGAUAUGUUGUGAUUUAUGGUGAUCCUGUAAACUGGAAAACAAAUUGUGCUGGAAGAACAAUGAAGACGAAGAUGGAAAGUGAAUUAUAGUAUCAUAAUAAAACGUUAUAGCGAAUAGGAUUAACCCUGAAGUGACGAAUUACUAGUGAUAACCGUGUGAAAAUCUGAUUAAAUAAAAAUGGUGUCCUACUACAAUCAUUUUGCAAUGUACCCGAAGAACCAUAGCGGCAAUCUGCCGUAUUCGGCUUCUGCUGGAUGGUAUCCGGGUAACUACCAGCACCAGCCGCCGCAUCCGCAGUUCAUCGGCGACGGAGAAUCCUCACCCCAGCCGAUGUACUAUCCACAUCCGCACGUAUUCCACCAGUCCAGUCCGGACUGGAGCGGACACGAGAACUUCACGCCACCUCAAACAACCCUGCUACCGCACGGAGCGAGUCCCGGAGGGCUCCAUCUGGGACAAACGACACCGGGAGCCGCCAAUGGCAGCAGCAACAACAACAACAAUGGAGAACACUGCCCGGAUGCUCUGCACAGUAUACCGUCGCCACCGAUUACCGUUUCCGGUAGCGAUAUGUCCAGCCCGGGGGCCCCGAAUGGGUCGUCCUCGCCGCAGAUUGCCUCCCGACCGACGCCGGUGAAAAGUCCUUUUGAGUGGAUGAAGAAGCAAUCGUACCAGUCACAGCCCAAUCCAGGUGGCCACUAUCUGCAACAUGUUACAACGAUAUUCAACAAUCGAUCGCUGAUGUCGUCCGCCGAAGGCGGUUACGACCAUUUUCGAUACCCCUCGUCAUUGAUGGCGAUGAGUGGGCGAAACUGUGGCGACGAAGAACUUGAGCGGGAUGGCGCUCAUUCGCCCCCGCUCAAUAUGGCGGCCCAUUACAGCAGCCGGAAAAUGGCAGGCUCCGUCGAUGGGAUGAUGACGUCGACGACGACGACGGGAGGUCCAAUGCAAGGCGGCAUGAUACGAGGGAAAACCCGCACCAAGGACAAGUACCGGGUCGUGUACACGGACCAGCAGCGACUCGAGCUGGAGAAAGAAUUCCACUACACGCGAUACAUCACCAUCCGGCGAAAGUCCGAACUGGCCCAAUCGUUACAGCUGUCCGAGCGGCAGGUCAAGAUCUGGUUCCAAAACCGUCGCGCCAAGGACCGCAAACAGAAGAAGAAGGCCGAAAACGGACCGGUGUCGCUGAACGGCCAAUCGCUGGUGGUGGCCCACUCGCAACACAACGGUGCCCAGUCCAUGUCCAGCCUGCUGGUGGACACCAAGCCGAAACUCGAACCGUCGCUGCAUCUGUCGCACCUGCACCAGAUGAGCGCCAUGAGCAUGGGAAUGAGCUCGAUGGGGCUGCACCAUGCACACCACUCGCUGCACCCACAUCUCGGGGUGCCCUCGUCUCAGCAUCUGAAUCAGGGCCCCGGCCCGCAGGUUCCACCGGGUUCGUUAAGCAUAAUGUGAUGUGGUUCUUUGGAGUAACUUAUUUCUUUACGGUUUAUGAUGUAGAUUCUAGCGAUUAGAACGUCUCGUAAAUUAUCGAUCAUGUAGCAUGGGCUUUACCAUUAGUUAUUUGGUGGGAAAUAAAAUGGGUCGCCAAAUUGUAGCUAGAACCGACGGGUAAAACGAUUUUCUUUGCAACGGAUGGAUUCAAUAAAGGCGCAGAAAUACAGUAUCACCAUGCAAAUACUUUUCAUUUUUAAAGUCGCAGAAUUUGAUGGGUCACGCAAGUGGAUGAAAAUGCCUUAUUAGAGUCAAAAACACACAACCGUCAUGUCACACUGAACAGUAGGAAAAUUCCAGUCACGAAACAGACUGAAUAUUUUAUUUCAAACCCCCACAGAAAAGGAGGCACCGAAUGCUUUUUAUGAAUAAUUUAUGAGCAAAAACACGCCCCGUUCCAAAUUGCGUUUCUGUGCCUCGAAUUCCUUAAACACCUCCCCUCCUCACCAACAAACCGCGUGCAUUCGUUGUAGUGAAUUUUAGGGUCAGUCAAACUUCGAGAUUGAAUCCGAACCAAAUUGUAGCAACCGGACAGUGUAUUAAUAUUUUGGUAGCCCUCAUGCGAGUGGGCAAAAUAUGAAAUCAACUAAGUGCAAUGUAAAAAUGAUAUAUACUUUUAAUAAACCUAAUUGUAGCAAAUAAGAAUUGUUAAUUUUCCCACAAAUACAACGAGUUUAGCUAAUAAGUACGAUGAGAAGAUAGUGUGUAUCUUUGCAUAGAAACGAGAGUAAAAUUUAUGUAAAAAUACUACAGCUAAUGCUAGCUUUACACUGCGCUACUUAACUAGAUUUAAUGCCUGCAAAGCAUUGAACAACAAAUGAUAACUAUAAGAACCAGCAACACAGAUUUAAUAAAAAGGACAAAAAAAUAAACUGAAAACAAAGACAUCACAUACGCAAGACCUCUACCCAGAGCUAUUCUGUAAAUAAUGUUCGCUUGUUCCACCACCCCCCUUGAAUCAGUAUUAUCUUAUUUUUCCUUGAACUUUUCGAUUUCGCUGAAUCUGCGUGCCUGAGGAGAGUGCAUUAAAGGAGUUACCCAUGCUUCGCGGUGCGCGCCUCCGAGAAGAUGGUGCUAAUUAUUUUGCUUGAUCUCGGAUCUGGCGAGGUCGAGAUCGAAAGGACGCCUUACUACACACAGACCCGUCUUUGUGCUUCUGUUGUUGUUUUGCUUUCAUUUUGGGUAACAAUCUGCGGGGAGGUUCCCACGAUUAUUAGCAGGUGCAGGAUAUGUUUGAACAAACAAUAAAGUGCUAAAUCGAGAUUACGCUACAAUAAGAAAUGUUUUUUUUUUUAUCAUUUGAAAUGUGCUCAGAAACCCAUGCAGUCGAACUUGUCGGUAAUUUAAUUCUUAGCAUAUUAUUUAGAUUGUAUUCGAAGUUUUGUUUAUCUAGCAGAAAAAAAGAACACUUAAUUAUUGUAAGUGACACUGAAAUAAAGGAAUAAUGCUUAACAGA